AAGGGGGAGAUCUAGGUUAUACUUUCUCACAAGUAACACUGUAUCAUGAACAUGGCAAAACUACUCAUAACUCUGUUUGCAAUACUUCUAACUUCUUCUGUUUCUGAUACUAAGCCAGUACUAAAGGAAGCUAAUCAUAAACCUUUUAAUUAUCGUGACCAGGAAACAAUCAGUGUUUUUGAACCAGGAACGUUGUCCACAGUAUUAGAUAAUGUUCAAUCUUCACCUCCUAAACCCUUAUUAAUUGCUAGACCAACUGUAGCUGGCACCUACCCAAUUCUUAUAUUUCUCCAUGGCACAUGCCUUGAGAACUAUUUCUACUCUGAUAUCCUCCAGCAUAUCGCUUCCCAUGGAUAUAUUGUGGUCGCUCCUCAGUUAUAUUCUUGCUUAAGGUGGUUAAUUCCAAUAUUACCGAUAAGCGGACCGGACGAGCUUAACUUUGCAGCGGAAGUGGCAAACUGGUUGAUUUCAGGCUUAGAAAAUGUUCUACCUGAAAAUAUUACAGGAGACAUAAACAAGCUUGCUAUUGCAGGCCAUAGUAGAGGUGGAAAGAUGGCAUUUGCUCUAGCCCUUGGAUAUGCUAAAACACCAUUAACUGUAACCAUAUCAGCAUUAAUAGGUCUAGACCCGGUUGAAGGGACUGAAAAUAUCGUCGUUGAUCCAAAAGUUCUCACUUACAUACCUAACUCUUUUAAUUUAUCGGUUCCAGUGGCUGUGAUCGGUUCUGGGUUAGGUAACGAGUCAAAGCUCUUACAACACUAUAUAUAG